AUGCCUCAACUAAACCCAAAUCCGUGACUUAUAAUCUUACUCUCCGCAUGACUAAUUUACACCAUUAUUUUACAACCAAAAAUCUCAUCUUACUUACCUACAAAUAACCCAACCAACAAAAACAAUAAAACCAACACAAACCCCUGAACCUGACCAUGAACCUAA